UAGCACGUGCUCCAUUCCAGUGGCGUGAUUUUUCAAAACGGGCCAAUGGCAGAUUGCUUAUGCUCGAACGGACCAAUGAGAGUCUUCGAACCGGGAGUUUAAAGGUCUGUCUCAUACUUCCACCGUCUGCCACAAGUUCUUUGGUUGGAAGAGGUUAAUUAUUUCGAUAUACUGUGAUUAAUAAAACAUUUUAUUAAAAUGUCUGCUGCAAACGAGAACACUGCACGUCUCACUCAGUUCAAAAACAAAGGAAAAGACACGACUGAACUCAGACGUCGAAGAAUCGAAGUCAAUGUUGAACUUCGUAAAGCGAAGAAGGACGAGCAGAUUUUGAAGAGGAGAAACGUGAGCAGUCUACCAGAUGAGGCCACAUCUCCCCUUCAAGAGAAAAGCCAGAACUGCCAGGCUCAGCAUUGGACGGUGGAAGAGAUUGUAAAUGGUGUGAACAACAACAAUCUAGAUGCUCAACUGCAGGCGACUCAAGCUGCCAGGAAGCUGCUGUCAAGAGAAAGGCAUCCACCGAUUGACAGCAUCAUCAGUGCUGGUCUGAUCCCCAAAUUCGUAAGCUUCCUGGGCCUGGCAGACUCCCCGCCUGUACAGUUUGAGGCCGCCUGGGCUCUGACUAAUAUUGCAUCUGGAACAUCUGACCAGACCAGCGCUGUGGUGCAGGGAGGGGCUAUCCCAGCAUUCAUCAGCCUCAUCUCUUCUCCACAUGCUCAUAUCAGUGAACAGGCAGUCUGGGCCCUUGGAAACAUUGCUGGUGAUGGCUCUUCGUACAGAGAUAAAGUCAUUAAACACGGUGCUGUCGCACCCCUCAUAGCUCUGCUUGCUGUAUCUGACUUCUCUGUAUUUGCUCCUGGUUACCUGAGGAAUGUUACCUGGACAUUGUCAAACCUGUGUCGCAAUAAGAACCCUGGACCUCCUCUGGAUGCGGUGAAACAGAUCUUGCCAACUCUUAUCCGCCUUCUGCAUCAUGAGGACAAGGAGGUACUGGCAGACACCUGCUGGGCUAUCUCAUACCUGACCGACGGGCCCAAUGACCGAAUCGAGGUGGUGGUGGAUACUGGUGUGGUUCCUCGACUUGUGCAGCUACUUGGAUCAGGGGAACUCUCCAUUUUGACUCCUACACUGCGUUCCAUCGGUAACAUUGUGACCGGUACAGAUGAACAGACCCAGGCAGUGCUCAAUGCUGGUGCUCUGUCCAUGUUCCCUGCUCUCUUGCGCCACCAGAAGAACAACAUUCAAAAGGAGGCCUCCUGGACCCUUUCCAACAUUACAGCUGGCAGGGACUUUCAAAUUCAGGAGGUCAUCAAUGCUGGCCUUGUACCUUACCUGGUGGAAGUUGUCAGGCGGGGUGACUUCAAGACCCAGAAGGAAGCUGUAUGGGCAGUGACCAACUACACCAGUGGAGGCACAAUAGAGCAAGUGAUUUACCUUGUUCAGGCCAAUGUACUGGAGCCCUUGUUGAAUCUGCUCUCCACUAAGGACAGCAAGACUAUUCUCGUCAUAUUGGAUGCAAUCAGCAAUAUCUUUUUGGCUGGUGAGAAGAUUGGUGAGGUUGAUAAGCUGGCUCUGAUGAUUGAGGAAUGUGGCGGCCUGGACAAAAUUGAAGCUCUGCAGAGCCAUGAAAAUGAAAUGGUCUACAAAGCCUCCCUCAACCUUAUUGAAAAGUACUUCUCAGGAGAGGAGGAAGAGGAUGAAUGCGUCGCCCCCGAAGCUACAACUGAUGGCUAUGCGUUUCAGAUUAAUGAAAACCAAAGCACUUUCAAUUUCUGAUUGAUUUUGUGUGAUCUUCCUGUAUGAUUGUUCCUGCACACCACUUGUCUUGUUUGUGUCUUUUGUCUUCUGAUGGGCCUUGUGUUCAGAGUUGUACAUACUAAACUGUUUCUAUUUUAUCUGUUGUAAUUAAAAGAA